GCUUCAUGCCCUAAUUGUUUCCUAGUUCCUGUAGUUUCGGCAUAUUGGCAGACAUCAGAAGUGUUGUUAUGUUAUUCAGGUCAUUGGUGGCGGGCGCCUGCACACUGGGUGUACUAGGAGCAGCUGCUACGUAUAAAUUCGCUCCCGGGCUGGUUCGGUCUGCGUUAUUACAUUCCGACAGGAAAUCGGUGAUUGUGGCCCAAUCCGACAUGAAGAUCGAAUUGCUCCCAGCACUCACAGAUAAUUACAUGUAUCUUCUCAUUGACGAGGACACCAGGGAGGCUGCGAUCGUUGACCCAGUGGAACCGGCCAAGGUUUUAGAUGCCGUCAAGAAACACCGAGUUAAACUUACCACGGUCCUAACAACGCAUCAUCACUGGGACCACGCUGGUGGCAAUGACAAACUGGUGAAACUGGGACCACCAGGUCUUAAAGUGUACGGAGGUGAUGACAGAGUAGGAGCGCUGACUCAGAAAAUCUCCCAUUACAGCACUUUCAAAGUUGGUUCUCUUAACGUAAAGUGCCUGUUUACCCCAUGCCACACCACUGGGCACAUCUGCUACUUUGUCACCAAGGACAAGAGCUCCGAACCUCCAGCUGUUUUCACCGGCGACACGCUGUUCAUUGGCGGCUGUGGGAAGUUUUUCGAGGGCACGGCAGAUGAGAUGUAUAGGGCGCUGAUCGAGGUCCUUGGACGCCUGCCUCCUGAAACGCGUGUUUACUGCGGACAUGAAUACACCAUCAACAACCUCAAAUUUGCGAGACACGUAGAGCCGAACAACGACGCUGUCCGGAAGAAACUGGCCUGGGCCAAGGAGACGUAUGAUAAUGGAGAGCCCACCAUCCCCUCCACUGUGGGAGAGGAGUUCACAUAUAACCCCUUCAUGAGAGUCAGGGAGAAAUCUGUGCAGGACCAUGCUAGGAAAACGGACCCCAUUGACACCAUGCGCAGCAUCCGCAAGGAAAAGGACAACUUUCGGGUCCCAAAGGACUGAGUGCGAGGAUGAUUAGGAAGUGGCAUGCUCUCCGGAGAAAGUGUCAUCACUACAUUGCAUUUCAGUGCACCGCAAGCUGUCACUACCCAUCACAGUGAAUACAUCACACAUACAUAGAACACACAAUAUGCUGCCAUGUUUUACACCAGGAGCUCUGCAGUAUGUGUGGUCCAAUGUGCAGCAAAGCUUAAAUAAAUAAAUAAAUAUAUAACUAAAUGAGCUGCACUAAUGAACAGAGGAUGUGCAAAAUUACAUCUCAGUUACAACAUAUUUAAUAUAGUUUCUUUGUGUUAAAACAUGGUUUUGAGUAAAUGCGCUACAGGCAGUUGUGUAGAAUGAAUGUACAUAAAGAUGUCUAUUUUACUAAUGACUGUUGACUCCAAUUGGCACUUUUCUGUGACUCAAACCUGAUAUAAACUCAUUUUAAAAAGAUGUGUAUAUAAAUAUAAAGGCAGGGAAGUAAUGACUUAAAAGUGUUUCUCAUGAUGUACAUUUUUUUUUUUUUUUUUCAUUUUAAUUUAAAGGAGACCAGAGUAAAUGUUUAUGGUUUUCUGUGAGUUGUCCAUGUCCAAAAGCCUUAGUGGGCAAUUGUAUGUGAACAUUUUGCAUACCUGUGUUUGACAAUGUGGAACAUGGGCUAAAAGAAAAUACAUGCUCAGUAAAAAUAUGAAACUUCCAUUGUGACGGUAGCUAGAAAAGCGAAGCACUCUCUGCAAAAGUAUUUAAUUAUUUUAUCUGCCCAGUCUAUGCUCAGACAAUGUUCUUUUGUAAUGAUUUGAUUUUAAAUUCAUUUUAAAGUUCCUAUUAGUUUGGAAGGGGUGGAAAAACGAUAAACCAUAAAUGCUCCAGAUUAUUUUGAAGCAUGAUCGCAAUGUUUACCCUAAACUGUUGCUGAAUGGAUUCAGUCUAUAAUUAUUAUACAGUGUCAGUGUUACGACUUCUUUGUUUUGAGUUCAAAGCUAUUACAUGGCUUCUGUGCAUAAGGCAUUUCCAGAAUUGAAACAAUAAAGCAGACCUGAAAUAAUGCCAUCA